AACGAGAUGGUCAAAGCUACACGUGUUUCAAUAACAAGCGAUCAAAACAAUUCACCUGGAACAUUACAACAGCGGGAAGUUACUACGAUUUCUGCGGCAUUUACAAUCCCUGCGUGUAGCAGUGUAUUUGAUCCAAUUGAUCAUGGUUCACGAUUUUACGUAAAGCGUCGUAUUGUCGUUGGUAAUGUUUCUAAAUGGAUUGCUUCAGAAAAAAGAGAUCCAAAUCUUCAAAAAUAUACACAUAAAUGGAUGGUAUACGUUGCCGGUCCACCUCAUGAUUUAAAUGUCACACCAUUCAUACGCAAAGUUCGAUUUUAUCUUCAUCCAAGUUAUAAACCUCACGAUAUUGUUGAUGUAAUUGAUCCUCCUUUCCAAUUAACUAGAUAUGGAUGGGGUGAAUUUCCAAUACGAAUACAAAUAUUCUUUGUUGAUAAGAGGAACAAGCCCGUAGAUGUGAUUCAUGCAUUGAAACUUGAUGACACUCAUAGUGGGAAGCAAAGACUUGGAGAUGAACAUGCAUUUGAUCUUGAAUUGGAUAGAAAUACAGAAUUUAUUGCUCCUGUUCCUGAAAAUAAUAAACGGAAGCGCAAGUUAAAUAUAGUUCAAGAGAGUCCUCAACAAUUUGUACCUAAUAAGAAACAAAUUUCUAAUGAUCAAAAACAAAGUGAAUGGAAUAAUAAAAGGCUUACCUCAGAAGAUAUGAAUUAUUUAGAACCGUUGUUGAAAGAAGCUGUUCAAAGUUAUCCAUUAGUCUUAUCUUUAGC